AGUCGUACAGUGCACAGGCACUUCUUCCCAGAAGGCAGGAAGCAAUGCGCAGUCUACUGACAGGCGAGGCAGCCGACCGACAAGAUAUCAGGACAUACUCUCAUAGCACUAAUAGACAGUAACACCACCUGUGGGUCUCCUAAAGCCCACUUUUUAACUCCUGUGUUUGAUUGAUCCUGCAUGCAGAUUCAGUCUCCUCUACCGCUGGCAGUGAAGACCUGCAGAUGCUCUCAACCUCAGGUUUACUUUACAAUCCUGCAGCAGCCGCAACGCUCACUCCAAAGCUGAACCCGCUGGGGGAGGAUACACAUGUUUUAUUGACAGAGCUACAGGUGGUUUGAGUUUAAGCUGCUGUUGGACUGGGAAGGUUUUUUUUUUCUGUGUGGUGAGCUGUGGCAUCAUCAGAGCCAGGAUGCUGCCUAUUUUCAUGGCAUCUUUGGUAUUCCUGCUGCUGGGCUCGGGGAAAGCUCAGGACGCCGCACAAACUCAGGGGCAGAGUCAAAGUAGGGGCCAGGGUGCUUCAGCCACUCCUUGGAGGCAGGUGAUUCAGUGGGAGAACAAUGGUCGGGUGUUUAGUUUGCUUAACAGUGGAGCUGAGUAUGUUCCAGCUGGAGCAGGAACACAGGACAGAGGUCCGAGGGUGGUGGUGUCAGAUUCUCGUUCACGAUCCUCUCGUAGACCUCAAGGAGGAAAUGUGCGACGGCAGGCUCCAUCAAGAGGAUCCUCUGAUACUGUUCGGGGGCAGGCAAGGCAUCCUUUUGGUUUUGGACAAGUGCCUGACAACUGGAGACAAGCUGCGGGCAGCACAGGUGGAGGCCAGUUCCAGGAAUCAUCUAGCACUCACUUCAGGCCAUCCACAGGCUCUUCGUCAUCAUCUUCCUUUUCUUCUUCUUCUUAUAAUGUACCAUCCUACCCACAGAAUCCAUUUCCUCAGCAGCCUCCCUUCCAGCCAGUACCGUAUGACCCUACUUAUGUGGAAGGACCAGUGAGGAGCUAUGAGCCGCCCUUUGGGCCGGUUAUUGGUGGAGGCUAUGGUGGUGGAGGAUAUGGUGCUGGUGGAGGGUACACUGGGGGAGGGUAUGUUGGUGGCAUUGCCCCGGUUCUCCCGGGUUCCCCCUCUGAUUUUACUGACGAUGGCUACCGCUACUACCAGUCUUAUGGCUACGGGCCCAAUCCUGCGGUUCCUGCACGUGCCGCCCAACCACCAUUUACAGAUGGUCUGGACCACAGAUACACCCACAGUCUCUACAAUGAAGACUCGGCUCCAGCUGUUCCUGCUCCUGAUCCCAACCAGGGUGCCCCUGUGACAGUGGAUAGGACGGGAAUAGCUGCACAACCACAGCCACAAGUCAGGAGCCCUCAGUAUGAGCAGUUUCCCCCAUUUGGAAGACCCCAGCCUCCAUUCCAGCAGCCCAUCCCUCCAGUCAGAAAUUCCCCUAACUCUGCCAUUGAGAACCCCAGUAUGAGUGUUGGGAGUGUGUACCGGCCAGAGCAGAGAGGUUUGCCUGACCUGGUUCCUGAUCCCAACUAUGUCCAAGCUUCCACAUAUAUCCAAAGAGCCCACAUGUAUUCCCUCCGCUGUGCUGCUGAAGAAAAAUGUCUGUCAAGCUCAGCCUAUAGCCCUGAGACCACUGACUAUGAUGUAAGGGUCCUGCUGAGAUUUCCACAGAGGGUGAAGAACAAGGGGACUGCUGACUUCAUGCCAAACAGGCCGCGUCAUACCUGGGAGUGGCACAGCUGUCAUCAGCACUACCACAGCAUGGAUGAAUUCAGCCAUUAUGAUUUAAUAGAGGUCAGCACGGGGCGCAAAGUGGCAGAGGGACACAAGGCUAGCUUCUGUUUAGAGGACACCACCUGUGACUUUGGUCACCUGAAGCGCUAUGCCUGCACUGCUCACACUCAGGGUCUGAGUCCAGGCUGCUAUGAUACAUACAAUGCUGAUAUUGACUGCCAGUGGAUCGAUAUAACAGAUGUUAAGCCUGGAAACUACAUACUAAAGCUCCAGGUUAAUCCCAAGUUCUUGGUACGGGAAUCUGACUUCACCAACAAUGUGGUCAGGUGUAAUAUUCACUACACAGGGCGGUUUGUUACAACAAACAACUGCAGGAUAGCACAGUCUUGAUCAGGCACUGGAAAGCUGCCACGCUAGAGUGACCCUGAUUGCUUUUCCAUUGAAAUGUGAAUGGAAUCCAUUUGUUGUUGGCUCAUUGUCAGUGAUGUUUGUCUCUAUCAUUUUGUGCUGUCUCUGUAUGCUGUGCCCAUGGCAAACAAGGGCUCUACUGGCACUGAGGAGAAGGUGGGGGUUGAAGCAGACACACACACCCGCGCAUACAUACACACACUUUUUCAUAAAACAUUGCGCACUGAUAUCCCCGCCAUGUCAUCCUAUCCUUACAAUCUACCAUUACAGUGUCCUACCUAUGACAUUUCUCAUAUUGUAACCCCUCCUGUCAGGUUAGGUUAAUGUUUACACACGUCAUGGACUUUCAAAAGAGGUGUGCACUGUAAAAAAAAAAAAAUCUGUGCACAUCCCCAGCAGAGUGCCUCUGCUUGAAUUAUAAAUAAAGCGUGAAAUGGUGGCGUUGGGUUGAAAUGAGUUGUUCCAGACAAGUCAGGGUUCAGCUGCAAUCCAACAACUCAAAUUAGGGGGACAAAGCCUUCGCAGGUGCAUUCAUCCAUACUAUGUAGGGACACACAAUACACACAUACAGAUUCCCAGUGACUCUGAGGAACUGUAAUGUGUUAGUUUUUUUUUAGUUUUUCUUCACUGCCUCAGCAGGUCAGACCGGGGUACUGUGCCUCUCUGGGCACAUCUUGUUUAAUGUUGAGUUAACCGCAAGAAAAAGGAAGACAGCAGGUCAUAUUUGCAUUUGUCAACACCAACGAACUAUAAGUCAACAAGACGACAGGGUGACAGUGCUGGUGGCUGCACUUCUUUAAAUCCUGCCAUAUUUUUGUUUUUUUCCCCAUUUGUCUCUUCUCUUACUUCCGCAAAUCCAAAACGGGAAGCAAAACUGGCACAAAGGGUGCUUUUCUACAGCAAACUUAAAGUGAGCUUGUAGGUUUCCAUUGUCCCAGGGCCUUUUUAUACAACCAACACUGGUCAUGUGGUACAUCUAAUCUUUUUGAAGAAUGUAUAAAGAAAUAUUCCACUGAUGCAUGACUUUAAAGAUUAUUUUGUUAUAACUGAUUGUACUUUCUUUAUCCAGCUUGAUAAUUACUGUAAUGUGUGAAUCUCAAUGAACUUAUAGAAAUAGAAAUAUACAGUAUAUAUUUACUUGAAAUCAAAUGAGAAACUGAAUUCAAAACAGACUUUGUGUUACAAUGCAGAUCAUCAUAUAGCUGUCUUUACCUACCUCUCCUUUAGGCCAUUGAGUCUUGUUUGGUUUUCUAGCAGAAGUACACACAGUAGCUCACUGUGGACUCCUCCACUCUGAGACAGGACACAGCUAAUCCCUCAAAUCUUUCAAAUUAGUAAAAGAAUGCAAACAAAGACUUAGUAUAAUUCCAAGGACAAUAAGAUUUAAAUUUUUGUUAUUUAAUAAAACUUUUGUUACAGGUAUUACUACUGUACAUUGAAAAUCCCUUAAAGGGAGACUCAGCAGCUAUGCAGAACAGCAGCUUUCACGGAUGAACCAGCACAAUCACAAUCUGAUGAAGUUGGUCAAUUAUUGGAACUUUCACAUUGUGCUAUUAGCAACUGCCAUCUGAUUUAAUAAUUCAAACUGGGCGAAAUUUGUCCAAACAACAGCAGGGCAAAAUAGCAGGAGCUAGUCAAAGUGCUAGCAGUGGUUCAGCUCACCUGCAGCUCACCACUGCUGGGCCUUCUUUUUCUAUUAAUCCCUGUGAUAACCAGACAUGAUCUCAUAGCCUAUAUUGCCAUGGUUUUGCCUUUUGCAAGCACAUCUGAUUUUUUUUUAAUGCUGUUAAAGAAUUGCUUGAGUAUAAACAAUCAUAGCUUAUCUGACUAACCUUGGUGGAAAGGAAAGUUAUAAUUUUCAUGACUUCUCAAAAACUACCCCUUAUUUUCUUUUUCAAAGUAAAGCACUCCCUUGGAUGUUUUACCCUUUUUAUUGCUUUCAUAAAUCAAUCAUGGUCAAUAUAAUUUGACUUUUUUGACAAAAAAAACUCUUUAAUGUCAAAGU